GAUCACAUGUGAUGUGCAUUUGUAAAAGAAUGUUAAAUGGACAAGAAAACAAAGAAUUGAAAAGCUCAAGUUCUACCAUUAAAGUCACCCAAGUUGUUGGCGCAACUCAAAAUAUGAGUCUUAUCACAGAGAAGUCCAAGCGGAAAGGAAUCGCUUUGAAAAACAUUCCAAUAGAAAAGUCGUUCCAGUUAAACGUAGGGUCGUACGACUGCUUUCUGUUCCGUGUCGAUGCUUCCGAUUGUUCCGCUCAAAGUGACAAAGUUAUGUGGUGCUCAUUAGUGAAGAAAGCUGCCGGCUUUAGGUCGCUGAAGCGAAAGCGCUUAAAGCGGUCCUCGGAUUCGCGACCCGAAUUAGUUUACACCUUUAUUGAACAGGCCGUUCAGCCUGGAGCUCAGGUCGCUUUGAAAUGCUCAGCUGUUGGUGAACCUCCGCCUAGGUUUAGAUGGACUCUAGAUGGUCAACUCAUACCACCUCAUCAUGGUGCAGCGAUCACGGAAGGCCGUGAGAAUGGUCCGACUGGUAUCGGGUCCACCAACAAUUACAUCCUAUCCACACUGUCACUCAGCAGCGCAAGGGUUGAGCAUGGCGGUCGUUAUGAAUGUAGAGCAACUAACUCACAUGGCUCCGUAGCACAUGCGGCAAGACUCAAUGUAUAUGGGCCUCCGUAUAUACGCGCCAUGAAUCCCGUUAAGGCUGUUGCGGGUUCAGACAUAACUAUUUGGUGCCCAUAUUAUGGAUUCCCAAUAGAUUCAGUAAAAUGGGAAGGUGGUGCCGGAACAGACCCUAGAUACCAUCAGGUGGAUGGUCAGCUGACAAUCACAAACGUAGACCGGAAUCGAGACAAAGGUGGAUGGAUUUGCUCAGUGUUGACACCCGGAGGGGAAUUAGCCAGGCGGGAGGUGCAAGUGUCAGUGGUAUCGCCGCCGGUGCUGUCGCCCAUUGUGUUUCCGCCGGGCCUGAGGUCAGGCGACCGCUCGCAGCUCACCUGUACCGUUACCUCUGGUGACAUGCCCGUCUAUUUCUCAUGGCUGAAAGAUCAAAUGCCCAUUUCCAGUGUGCUGCAGGUCGACGAGCGUGGCGCUGAAUUUUACAGUAUGCUUUUAUUCAAAAGUUUGACAGCCGCUCACAGUGGAAUAUACACUUGUGUUGUUACUAAUACCGCUGGCAAAGCAAACACUUCCGCAGAAUUAGCUAUUAAAGUUCCUCCGUACUGGCAAAUGGAGCCAUCUGACGCUGCAGUGUUACUCAAUGGAUCACUAACUAUCAGCUGUGAGGCCAGAGGACAUCCUUCUCCUAUCAUAUAUUGGACUAAGUUUUCUGGUAGUGCAGAAACCACGCUGGGUGGAGUAUCCGAUCCGGUUGUGCUUAAUAAUGGUUCAUUAAGAUUAGAAUCUGCGAGAGCCGAACAUUCGGGAAAAUAUCGCUGUAGAGCGGAUAAUGGGGUUGCACCACCGCUAUCGAAAACCCUCACCAUACACGUAAACGAACCAGCACGAUUCGAAACUCCGUCAGUGAAUGUGACAGCUAAACUCGGAGAUACGGUAAGGUUGGCUUGCGUGGCGCGCGGUGAUAACCCACUCUCUAUGACUUGGAGUACUUCAGGACGGGCACUUCCUAACUCUGAUUACAGAAUGAGUAUUUCGGAAACUCGUAGUGCUGAAGGCUUAAGAAGUGAAUUGGUGUUAGAGCGAGCUGACAGGCGAGAUUCUGGUGUAUAUCGAUGUCAAGCUUCCAAUCCGUAUGGCCGGUCUGACCAUUUCGUACAUCUUGGUGUUCAAGAACCCCCAGAACCUCCUGCAAAUUUCCGCGUACUAGAAACGACGUCUCGUUCUGUCCGUCUACAAUGGCGUAGACCGUACGACGGCAAUUCGCCCGUUCUAGGCUAUGUCGUACAGUACAGGAAGCACGAUUCAACCAGCCCCGAUUCUUGGAGAGACGCCGACACACAUAAUGUGUCUGUUUCUGCUCAUUCGGUAGAUACUUAUACCGAGUUAGAAGGUGCUACUAUAUCAGGGCUAGAGCCUGCCACAGCUUAUCUAGUACGAGCUAGGACAGUAACAGCGCAGUUCGCUUCGAGCCACACUAGGGCCCUACUUGCGCUAACGCUACACGAACCGCCUGCUCGUGCUCCGAUCAGUCUCCGUGCGUCUGCGCCAAGACCUGCUACUGUUGAAUUGGCAUGGCAGGCGCCUCCCACAUCAGCGUGGAAUGGCGAACUCCUCGGCUACACGGUGUGGUGGUGGCCGUCAGCGGAUGGCUCUCUGUCCAGCGGCGCUAAUGUUGGAAUGGAGUUCGCAACGGUCCGAGGUCAAAUCAAUAAAUACACUAUCGAAGGUUUAGAACACUACACGAGAUACUCCAUAAGCGUUAGAGCAUUCAACAGUGCGGGCGCCGGACCCGCCACUGCUCCUGUUAACACUUUGACACAAGAGAGUGUGCCUACGGAGGGUCCCCGUGCGGUACGCUGUCGUGCCGUGUCGCCUCAGAGCCUGAAAGUGGAGUGGUCGCCGCCGCCUGCGCACGCGCACCACGGCGCACUGCUCGGGUACAAGUUACUUUAUCGACCCGAACAUACGGCAGAUUGGCUGGAAUGGGAGGUGCGCGGCGGCGGUGGUCCAAGCGCAGUGGCGGGGGCGGAAGUAAAGCGAGUAGCGGGCGUUGAAACGUUACUGCUCGCGCUUAGACCGCAUAUGAACUACACGAUACAAGCAUUAGCGUAUACCGCAGCAGGAGACGGUGUGCCCGCUCAUCCUAUACAUUGUACCACACACCAAGAUGUACCUGGUCCUCCAGCUGCUGUAAAAGUAGUCGCGACGUCUGUAUCAUCUCUAGCAGUUAGUUGGUUGCCUCCAAGUCGACCGAACGGACCAAUAUUAUAUUACACAGUAUUUUACCGAGAACUUGGCAGAGAAAGACCUCCACAAACUACAACCGUUCAACCAGAAGAAGGAGAAUCAUCGGUUGGUUUAGGUGGAGCAACUGAAUUGAGAUCAUUGUCUGAAGGAGCUACGUAUGAAGCUUGGGUUGCAGCCCAUUCAGUAGCCGGUGAGGGAGAGCCAUCUGCCCCUCAGCCAGCAACUACUACAUCUAGAGCAACAGUGAGACUGUUGUCAUUUGGUGUAUGGGCAAGAGUAAAAUGCGGCAAUUCAUUAAAACUGGCGUGCGCUUGGCGUGGUGAGCCCGCACCUCGCGCUCGCUGGCUGCGUGGCGACAGGCCUGUCACGCACGAUCCUAGGACACAUCUCACACCGCACGGACACCUAUCGAUACACGAAGUUGAUGCAUCUACAAGUGGUAACUACACGUGCGCGGCUCGCAACGCUUUCGGUUCGGAGGAAGUAACGUACCGCAUAGAGUGCGCGUCGCCGCCGUCCGCACCCGCGCUUGUCUUGGACCACGCCGCGCACAAGGAGGCCAAACUUACUUGGCGUACUACUCAUCAUCCCGCCGCACCGCCACAUGGUUAUACAAUAUGGUGGAUGCGUGUCCGCGAUGAGUCUGGAGAUGGUAUUGAGUCUGUGAGCUUGCGUGGCGGAGGAGAGGAGGAGAGACGGCUGGAGGCGGGCGGUGAGGCUGCAAGCGCGGUGCUACGCGCGCUGGCCUGUGGGGCUACAUACUCCGUGCGAGCGGUAGCUCACUCCAGGGCCGGACCUUCGCCUUCCUCCGCACCACUACUGGUCCGGACGAAACCUCCAGUAUUAGUAUGGGAAGGCGGGGGAGAAGUGAAAGAAGAGAGUGAGCAAGGCGCCGAGGCAGCUGUGUGGAGCAACAGCAGCUCUCUAGCGCUGGACGCAAGACGGGCAGUCCGCUGCGGGGCGCGCCUCGUGCGCUUGCAGUGGCGACGUGCUGACGCCACUAACACCGCCAUCUGGAGGGACGCAGAUCUAACAUCUUUACAUCACCAUCGUGAAGUGGUGAUCAAUGACCUAGCUACAGGGACAUGGUAUGCUCUACGCUUGUGGACGGCUACAGAAUCUGCACGUCACCAAGCUGUAAUAUACGCAGCGACUACAACACACUCUGGUGAGAGGCUACGUCGACCAGUGGCGUUUCAAUCGGAAGGUGGGUCGGCGCCGGCGGCGGGCGGUUCGGCGGACACGGAGCGGGUGCUGGGCGCUGUGUCGCUGGCGUUUGCAGCACUCGCGGCGCUUGCGGUCGCCGCUUUGCUGUUAGUGUUGUUAGCUAAACGAAGUACUCUGUGGCCGUGCGGCGGGCCUGUAGACGAGGAGGUGAGGCGCUGCAGUCACUCGGUAGCCAGCACUGACAAAUCUGUCUGCCCAGAGCAGCAGAAUAUCAGGAACUGCCAGCACGACUACAAACACGAUAAACUGUCACCGGCCUCAGAUGUGUACGAGAUAAGUCCGUAUGCGACGUUCGCUGUAGGCGGAGAGGCGACUGCUGCGACGUUGGACCACACGCUGCAGUUUCGCACGUUUGGUCACCGCGACAACGACGCGCCGCCACACCGGCCAUGCAGGAAGCAUCCGCAGAGACACCGAGAUAGGGAAGUAGAGAAGCACCAUUCGGAAUGCGAGUUGCAGCAGCUGAGCCGCUACGAGAAAGUGCGCCCGAGGCAUUGCGCUGGUACCUCCUACUGCGUGCCUCUGCCACACCACGCAAACACAGGGGGCAGUGCUGGUGGCGGAGGCAGCGGUGGAGGAUUCUCGGAAGUGUAUGCGGGUGACUCGAGCGUGGAGUCCGGCCCUGGCUCGCUGUCACCACGCACACACCACGAGCACAGCUAGCGCCAGAGCAACGAUACCAUAUCUAGUAGGUAGUCUAGAUAAUAAACGUAAGACUUGAUAAUACGUCACACAUUGUAACGAAACAAAACUUUAAACCACUGAUCCCAAACAAAGAUUAUUAAUUUCAAAUUCGAACGUUUAAUGAUCAC